AGGGGGCCUCUCCUCCCCCCUUGUCACUUCACUCCGUCCUUGCGUCGGCUUUCGCCCCCACCUCUCCCCGCUCCUCUUCUCGCGCCCUCUGCCUGGCUGCUCUUGCACCGAGCGCGCGCGCGCCCGGAUUUGUCUAGUGCUGCGCGCGGGGCACCUGCUCGUCUGGCUGCUGCUGUUUGCGCCACCCAUUGCUGCCGAGGCUAAAGUCUGCUGUUGCUGCUGAUGCCGCUGUUGGCUUAGCGAUUCCAGUCUCCUUCGCCACUGCUGCCACGGGCGCCACUAUUCCAGCUGCUGCCGCCGAGCUGUUGCGAGCGAGUCGGGCGCCUCCGGUGGGGUUUGCCCCUUCCCCGCCUGCUCCUUCCCUUGCCUGCGAGUCAGCCUGGCUCAGAAUCACGUGGCAAUUGCCUGAGGCAGAGACUAAAGAGGGGGGAAAAAAGCGCUUCAUUCCUUCUUCCACCGCCAUACUGUAUUUUAUAGUAACUCGCGUUUUUAUUCCUUCCUUUUACUCCCGCUCGAUGGCAGUGGAAGGUUUUCCUGGAGAAUGAAGUGCUGUUUGGUUUCCUUGUCAACGGAAGAUGAAGUGAACAACUGAACAUCUCCCCAGUGCAGGGCUGAAAUCAAGUGAGCCAACCAUGACCGGCAAAACACAGACCAGUAAUGUCACCAAUAAGAAUGAUCCCAAAUCCAUCAACUCCAGAGUCUUCAUUGGUAAUCUUAAUACAGCCAUUGUCAAAAAAGGAGAUAUAGAAGCAAUCUUUGCAAAGUAUGGAAAAAUAGUCGGCUGUUCAGUGCACAAAGGUUAUGCAUUUGUACAAUACAUGAGUGAGAGGCAUGCAAGAGCUGCUGUGGCAGGAGAAAAUGCCAGGAUCAUUGCAGGACAACCACUGGACAUUAAUAUGGCAGGGGAGCCAAAACCAUACAGACCUAAGCUGGGAACUAAGCGACCACUUUCUGCUCUCUACAGACUUGAAACAAAAGAACCUUUCCUUUCUGUUGGUGGUUAUGUCUUUGAUUAUGAUUAUUACAGAGAUGAUUUCUACAAUCGGUUAUUUGAUUAUCACAGCCGGGUUUCUGCCCCACCUCGUGCUGUGAUUCCUUUGAAACGCCCACGAGUAACAGUCACAGCAACUCGCAGAGGAAAAGGAAUCUUCUCCAUGAAAGGAACAUCAAGGUCUACAUCAAGUGGAGCUUCUUCAUCAGGAGCAAAAUUGAAAUCAGAUGAAUUGCAGACAAUCAAGAAGGAAUUAACGCAAAUCAAAACAAAAAUUGAUUCUUUGUUAGGAAGACUGGAAAAGAUUGAAAAGCAGCAGAAAGCUCAAUCAGAAAUCCAAAAGAAACAAAUAGAAGACAGUAUAGAGUUGAUCCAAGAAGAAUGCAUAUCAGAGAAUGCUGACAACUCUACAGAAGAGCCUAUUGAAGGAGGGCUGGAUGGGGACGGAGAAGAAAUGACAGAUGGGAUAGACGAAGAUUUCGAUGAGGAGGGUAGCAAUGAGCUGGCAGAAUCAGAAAGAGCUUGCAAAGCAGCUGGGUGAACCAGGGAAAAGAGAUGACUGCUUUAUAUGCCCUGUGUCUUCCUGAAUAUUGCAAAGCACCUCCUUCAAAAGAUUUGCACAGUCAUAAUAAGUUCCUAGCAUAUUGGAUGUCUGUUUAGUUGACCUCUUCAGAGUAUAGAGGUUUGAGGCAACCUCAGAUUGGAGUCACAAAGCAUUUAAAGGUCAAAUAUUAAGUUCUUAACAGCCUUAUAUUAAUAUUGCAAAUUGCAUUACACCCUACUAAAUUCAAGAAAACAUGGAAAAGGUAAAGGCUUUUGUAACAGAAGUUAUUUCUUUGAACUAUUGGAAAAUGUUUUAGCUAAACUGUAAUUUGUACAAUUUAGAUUUUAUAAUGCAAUUCCUUAGUUGUUUUGCCCUCUCUCUGAAAAAGGAACUUUCUUCCAUUGAUGUCUUGUGCUGAUUAUUAGCCUUUCCUUAGCCUAAGUCACCCCGAAAAUAAGCAUUUCUCCAAUUUCUAUCUUGCCCUGAGCAAAAUAAUGAAGUGAAGCAAAUAAGAUGAAUUAUUCAUGGAAUUCAGAGGUUUGCCUUUGCGACUAUAGAGGGCAAGAAUAUAUCCUAGGUACCAAACAUGAACACAACUUAGAAGGCAGUACAGUUCAGCUAUAAUAGUAGCACUUUCUAAAGUGCUGUUUUAUAUUUUUUUAAUAAAUAAAAAUGAUGUCAACAAAAAAGUUUUUAGGAUUUUUAAAUUAUUCUUUGGAAUGAUUAUAAGUACUGUAAUAAUAAUUCUUAUUAGUUGUGAUUGUAGACCAGUCUAUCAUGGAUUUUCUUUUCAGAGACUAUUGUGCCUGACAAUUAGUCACUGCAGAUAAUUGAUGCCUUUUUGUAAUAGAAAAAGGAUAUCUGAUGAAUUAUUUGACAUUAGGAUAUUUUCAAUUAGAGACACAAUCAUAUUGAAAUGAUUAAUAUAAUAGGUAAUAUUCAUUUAUUAUUGCAAUAAUUAUGAUUUACAUCUUAGCGGAUAUCAGUGCCUAGUGAAAUGUUUAUUAUUAAUUUAUAUUAAUAAAUUAAUUUAUUUUGAACUACUGCAAAAUGUAGUUCAUCCCAUUUCAGAUUCAGUGUGUUUCACUGGCUGGCUAAAACUACAUUUCCAGCACUCUGGAUAGUACCUUUUAAUGAUGAAGUAAACAGUGAAAGCUUGAGAAAACUUUUUGAUAAUUCCGUUUUCAGGGUCCUGUUGCAGGAUUAUGUGCUCCAUGUUUAAAAACAAAUAUAAAUAACAUGAGAUGAAAAGUUUAUAAAACAUUUUUGAAAAGUGAAAAAAUAUACUUGCUGUCCCAGAAAUGUCUGAAGGUAGUUCAGUUCCAAAGAAAUAUUUAUCAUUUAACUAUUCAAAAGUCUUUAGGUUGGCUGAGGCUUGUGAUCACAUUAGUAUUUUGGAUGUAUUGUUGAGGAAUUUGAGAACUAUAGGUGUAUCUGUCACUUUGAAUCCUAUACCUGAAUUUUGAAAAAUUGUUGAAAAAAUAGCACAGCAAAGGUAAAAUACUACCUAGGGGUACACCUAUAGAAUUUAGUCAGAUACAUGCCUAAAUUUAUGGACAUCCAUAUGAUUGUGUUUUUCCGAGUUUUUUAAUUAUUGUUUUUUACAAAUAUGCCAAUUUCAGUUUCUAAUGUUUGCAAUAGAAUAAAUGUUUUUCAAACUGAGAAUUAUUUCAAAAAUUUGAAAUUAUUUGUAUUGAGCACAAUGCUCCAAUAUUAGUAAUACAGCCUAAUAUAUGCAGCUUUUUGACAAAUCCUUUUUUUCAUGAAAAUGUUUUUGUGCAGACUUUUGAUAGAAGAUAGAGAUAGGGAGAAGAGAGAUUAGAUGGAUGGGUGGAUGGAUGGAUAGAUAGAUGAUAGAUAGGUAGGUAGGUAGGUAGAAAGACAGCUAGAUAGAUAGAAUGUAAAAGCGUAUCUUUUCCCAGAAGUGUAUGGUAGGUGCAGAAAAAAUGCAACUACCAUACACAAUUUGUAGAACUAUAAAGGUUGAAUGGUUUUCUUUGUGUGUUGUUUUGAAAAUCCUGGAUAAAAAAAAUAGGGUACCUCACGUUUUACAUAAAAAUUGCAAGCAAAAUCUCAGGACAUGAAUUACCAAAAACUCCUAGUUAGAUUUCAGAGGGCCAGCAAUUGUACAAUAAUCUACAACUACAAUAUUGGUCAAAUUUCAUUGCUAACUAAAACUGUUGUUCUUUCUGGGUGAAUAUCACAAGGCAACUGUCCAAUUGUCAACUACAUCCUGGAAAGAAAUGGUUUGAACCUUUCAAGCCAGCUAUGAACUUUCAUCAUAACCAGAAUCUCAAAGGAAAACUAGUACUAGUUCAAUGACGCCAUGUUCGGUCAUUCAUUCCUCUUACAUGAAUUGCAUGAAAAAGGAUAGUGAAAUGGGAUAGCAUAUGGUUAUAUGCCGUCAGGGAUAGCAAGAUGGGUGGCAUAUAUAUUUAAUAAAUAAAUAAAAUAAAAAACUGACAAGCUUCAUCUUCUCUCCUUAUUCUUCAUUUGCCAAAAUUGGAAUGUAAAUUGCAUGGUCUUCAUGCAAUUCUGAAUCCUGGGUUUUUCAAUUGUGGGAGAAGUUUACGUAAGUAAAGCAGGAUGUCCCUACAGAUAAUUUCCACCUCACAAAGGGUUCCUUGUAUGUUCUCCUCUACUUUUGCUAACUUUGAAAAGAGAAGCAGGAUAAUACUAAAGUCUCACCUUCUUCAGAUCUGUCUGAGAUGUCAGUAGAAUGAUGGGAGAGGAUAAAGCAACCUUGCUUCCCAAAUCUUUUUAUAUGGGUGUCCCAUCCAGUUUUGUUUGCCAUUUUUAGCGAAAAGAACUAUCAAGAGUUCUUCUCAUGUUUAUUUGAAAAUAACUUUUGCCCAUUAUCAUAGAUCCUGUAAAUAAAACUGUAUUCAGACUUUGCCCUUCCCAUCUGCCAAAAAGUCAAUAGUUAAUUUUAAAUAAUUUCACUGAAAAGAAUGAAUGAAAAAGUAGUUCUUUCUUUACCAGAAAAGUUGGAGACUGACAUACAGUGAUAAAAUCUAAGCAUAAAUCUAAUAAACAAGGUUUGUCCACUCUCAGUGCCUUUAGAUGUGUUAGAGUACUGCUUCUAUCAUUUGUAUCAUUGAUUUUGCUAUUUGAGAUUGUGGGAGUUUUAGUAUGAUUAUACUGGAGACCUCUAGAUUGAGAAUGUUGGUAAUAAUGGCAGUACCUUUUUACAUUACUAACUGUUUGUGAUCUUUUGAUAUGAACUUCCUUUCCAUUUCAUUAAAAUAAGUCUGAGAAUGUUGCAAAUAUCCCUAUGUCCUUUCUGCUAGUUAUUGAGAUUGCCAGUGCCCAUCUCAGUUCUUAAGCAACAGCAAAGCAGAUUUUUUUCAAAUAUAGAUUAUUUACAAUGCUCUUAAUCAUAAGGAAGCUUUUUAGUACUUAUAAUGAGCUAAGAAUAUAUCUUCAGUAAUGUCUGGCUUUUGACUU